GGGACUGAUUUAAAAGAGAGAGAGAGAGAGAACAGGAGCCGGAAACUGGAUCCGACUCUGUGCGGAGAGGUUUCAUUGGGGCUGCAGAGCGCACUCUCUUCUCAAAUGGAAGAGAACCUUCCUGGCUCUCACUCGCCCCUUCCAUCAUUGGCAUCGUACAGCAAAGCUCGAACGUUUGCUCUGAGAACAGGAAAACCUCAAAGUUCUGUAACUUGUGCAGACAACACCAUCAGCGUCUUGUUUGUGUUCCCCAGGGUGGCCGGGCAGAGACAGGCAGAGAGACAGAGACAUGUUCUUGCCCAAGGAGAAGACCCAACCCCUUCCACAGAUGGUCUGCAAUGAAGUUAACCUGUUUGCUGACGUCCUCAGGUUUGGUGUGAACCUGUCUGGGUGGAAGAGCAACGAGGGUGUAGGUGUUCAAAAAUACAGCAAAGAGAAGCUGACGUUUCAGCACCAUCAAGGUAGGAAUAUAGCAUCAGGUUGGAUAAACACGAAGACAUUCCUGGUUAUAAUUCUGCUCCAUAUAUCGCUGGUAACAGCUCGAACUGAUAUAAGCACCACUGCAGGGAGCACUGUAAUGCUCCCGUGUCACAUGUUGGAACCAGAAGACAUUUCGAAGGCUACAAUAUACUGGCAGAAAGGUCCCGCUAAUAAAGUCUUGCUGUAUUGGAAGAAUGGGAAGCCCGAUGCCAAGUAUCAGGAUCAAGAAUAUUGGAAUCGGACACACAUUGGGCACAGAGAAUUCCAGAAGGGAAACUUGUCUCUAAUAAUGUACAAUGUGAGUCAGAAUGAUAGCGGAGAGUAUAACUGUAUCAUCAAAACAGAACAUCGAGCAACUCCUGACAAAGUGAGCAUAUUUCUUACAGUUAACGCUCCGACAACGAUGGAUCCGAGAGCAGCUCUCUCCACAGCGACAAUCCCCCAACGUAACAGGGGUCCACGGGGGAAGGGUAGGCACCAUCUUUGGCUCAUCGCUGGUGGUAUGAUCCUGUUCGCAUGCAUUAUCACAGCUGUGAGCAUUUUCAUCACUCAUGACAAUAUGAACCAACUGUGAUGAAUGUAUUUUAACCCUGAACAACAAGUCAUUAAAAAAUACUCCUGACGGAU